AUGGAAUACGUGAGACUCGGCAACACAGGCCUCAAGGUCUCCAAGAUCAUCCUAGGAUGCAUGACCUUUGGCUCCUCCAAAUGGGAGGGCUCACCAUGGGUCCUCGACGAAGAAGAAGGACUCCAGAUCCUCAAGGCCGCCUACGAUAACGGCAUCAACACCUGGGACACCGCAGACACCUACUCAAACGGAAAGUCCGAAGUCGUCAUCGGCAAGGCCCUGAAGAAAUUCAACAUCCCGCGUCAAAAAGUCGUCAUCCUCUCCAAGAUCUUCAACCCCGUACCGGACGACGACUCCAGACCGGCCAGCGUCAACGACGGUCCGCUGGUCAACCAGAUGGGUCUGAGCAGGAAACACGUCUUCCACGCCGUCGACCAGUGCCUUGAGCGCCUCGGCACGGAUUACAUUGACGUCCUCCAGAUCCACCGCCUCGACCGCGAAACACCGCCCGAAGAGAUUAUGCGAGCGCUCCACGACGUUGUGCAGUCCGGAAAAGUCCGCUACCUCGGCGCCUCGUCCAUGUAUACAUGGGAAUUCGCCCGCUUACAAUACAUUGCCCGCUCCAACGGCUGGACAGAGUUCGUCUCCAUGCAGCCGUUUUAUAAUCUGCUCUACCGCGAGGAGGAGCGAGAGAUGCUGCCGUUCUGCCGAGCGAGCGGCGUGGGCGUAAUCCCGUGGUCGCCCAUCGCCCGCGGGCUGCUGGCGAAGCCCCUCGCCAAAGACAAUGAGGAAGGGACGACGUCGCUGCGUAGUCAGACGGACAAGAAGACGCAGGCGUGGUUUGCGGACGCCAACCUGGACAUUGUCAACCGUGUCGAGGAGGUUGCGAAGAAGCGGGGUGUUAGUAUGGCGCUCGUGUCGACGGCCUGGGUGCUGCAGCAGGGCUGCUGGCCGAUUGUGGGCUUGAGUUCGGAGAAGAGGGUCAAGGAGACGAUAGGGGCACUCAGGGUGAAGUUGACAGAGGAGGAACUCAAGUACUUGGAGAGCGAAUACCGGCCAAGGAAUAUUCAGGGUAUGUAA